UAACCCUUAUCUAGUCCUAGUUAUUUACUUGGGCGUGUGAUAUUAAGAUCUUAUCUUGCAGUCUUUGGUUCUUAUGAACCAUGUUGAUCCCUGAAGACCAAAUAUGGAUGGUCGUUGUUGGUUUCAUAAUAGCUUUUAUUCUUGCUUUUGGAAUUGGUGCAAAUGAUGUGGCAAAUUCAUUCGGGACUAGUGUUGGGGCCAAAGUAUUAACACUGAAACAAGCUUGUAUUCUUGCUACAAUCUGUGAAUUAAGCGGUUCUGUUCUUUUAGGUGCUAAAGUUUCCAAUACCAUACGGAAAGGUAUUGUUAGUGUCGAACUUUUUCAAACCAUCGACAACGGGCAUGUACUCUUGAUGGCCGGACAGGUUGCUGCUCUGGGUGGUUCUUGUAUUUGGCUUUUGGUUGCUACAUUCUUCCGUCUUCCAGUCUCUGGCACACAUAGUAUUGUAGGUGCAACGAUGGGUUUUAGUCUUGUUGUUUUUGGACUCAAUGCUAUUCAAUGGAAAGGACUACUCAAAAUUGUUGGAUCAUGGUUUCUCUCACCUCUUCUAAGCGGUUUGGCAUCUAUCGGAGUAUUUUUCCUGAUGCGUUUUAUGGUGCUGAGAAAAGAAGAUCCUCUUGAACCUGCACUUAAACUUAUCCCAGGUUUUUUCGGCACAGUGGUUCUGGUCAAUAGUUUUUCAAUAUUUUACGAAGGACCUUCAUUGCUGAAAUUCGAUAGGAUACCUCUUUAUGGAAUAUUUAUAAUUAGCUGUGGUUUAGGUAUUAUCACUGUUCUACUUGUGAAGUUUGUUUGGGUACCUUUGGUUCGUCGACAUAUUUUAACUGGAGAAUCGAGUAGACAUAUUUUAAAAGGCUAUUGUUCCCGUAAGAGCAAAAAGAAAUUGUCUGUCGCCGUAGACGAUAAGUAUCAAUCUGUUGAGGAUAAUAAAUCUUCCAAACUUUCAAGCAGUAAUCAUGAAUCGAUUGAUAUGGAUACGUAUGUACCUCGUGCAGAGGGAGAGGCUGUGGUUGGAUUUCGAAACAAUGUUGCCAAAGGAAAUACAGAUGACAAAGACAAACUUGGACGAGUUACUAAUGAAAAUAAUGGUGUAUUGCAGGGAUUAGAAAAUCAAAAUAAAGUUUCAAGUCAUUUCGAAGUGAAACCAAGUAAUCCAGAUGAAACAGUUUAUAAAAGAAAUCAGUUAAAUAAGGUUUUGGAUUAUUCACCAAAUGAUCAAAAUGCCAUCACGGAUGGUAGUCAUAAUUUAACUAAUGGUAAAAUGAAUGUAUCAUUUCCUCCUAACCUGUCUACAAUUGGUGAAGAACCAGAUCCUAUCGAUUCAGUUAAAGAUCGUCCUGCUGAAGCUCAAGUUUUCUCUUCUUUACAAAUUUUAACAGCUGUUUUUGGAUCAUUUGCUCAUGGUGGUAAUGAUGUAAGUAAUGCUAUCGGGCCGUUGAUUGGUUUAUGGCUUAUUGCCACAACACAAUCAGUUGAUUCAUCGAAAACUACAGAUGUUUGGAUUUUGGUUUAUGGUGGUGUUGGUAUAUCAGUUGGUCUUUGGAUAUGGGGUAGACGAGUUAUUCAAACAUUAGGUGAAGAUCUGACGAAAAUAUCACCUUCCAGUGGUGUUUGUAUUGAAAUUGGUUCAGCCCUAACUGUAUUAAUUGCUAGUAAAAUUGGUCUGCCAAUAUCAACUACACAUUGUAAAGUUGGUUCAGUCGUAUUUGUUGGACGUGCACGUUCUAGAGACAAUGUUAAUUGGGGUAUAUUUCGUAAUAUUCUAGUUGCAUGGUUGGUAACCUUACCCGCUGCUGGUGCUAUCUCUGCUUUACUCAUGUAUAUAUUUACAUUUGUAGUAUGAAUUUAGUUUAUUAUAUUAUUAUUAUUAUUAAAUAUUUUAUGAUUAAAAAAUCUGUUUUUAUAAGUAAAAAGAACGAACAGAAUAAACUAAAUCUCACAAAUCAUUAAUGUAACUUCUUGUUUGUAUCCUCAUUCAUUUUGAGCGAACUGAUUGAUUUUUUUCUGCUCACUUCUUCAUUUACGUACUAGAUUUCUAUUGUUUUUGUUCUUUUUUUCGUUCAACACAUCCGCUUGUAAACACAUAUGCACAUACACAGAGUAGAAAAACAUUUACUUUUCUCCCUCGUUAUCAUUACUAUUAUUAUGAAGUGAUCUCGUAUUAAUUAGAUAAAUGUUCUUAUUAGUGCAAGUGGUGAUGGUUUAUUUAGUUGAUGUUCUGUUUAAAAAUAAAAGUUCCCUUAAUCUCUCAUCAUCUUUAUUACGUUCAACGUCUGUGGAAAUAGUACCCUGUUCACCAGUUAACACUGUACACAGUUUACUCACAUACAUACACAUAAACAGAGACAAGGAAUAGUAAAAAGAAAACAGAUUUGUAGCAACAUCCUUUUGAAUUGUAACAUAAAACAUUAUUAUUUCCUUGUAAUUUUGUUUUUAUCAACUAAUAUUAGUGAAAAAGUUUUAUUUUUCUAGUUACUACUUCCUUGAUAAGUUGUUUGUUUAAUGAGCAGUUAUUAUUAAUUAUUAAUUUAUGAUGUGAUUCAAUUAAUUAAUUAAGAGAACCUUUGAAAAAUGUUUGUUCGGUUGUUUUUUUUUCCCAUGUUUCUUUAUUAAUCAUAUAAACUAUAGGAUAUAUAAAUUGAACUAAUGAUAUCACUUUUUGUAAGAAAUAAAUCUUGGAUUUGUUUCGAUCAAUGAUGAGACGACGUUAAUACAUAGUAAAAUGGUAUUAUAUUCACUUUGAACACCAUUAUUUACAGUGGUGUUAUUUUCUCUGAGCUGGAUGGUUUGUUGUAGGGUCUUUUUUAUUGUCGUCGUUGACUGCAUCAUGUAGAAUAUUCUGAUGGAGAUUUUCAAACAAUGAUAAAUGCUUUGCAAUUAAAUCAUCCAUUUGAUGAAAGUACAUAACACUACCAAAUGGAUUGAUGGGAGCUGCAAACGUUCUCCAUUAUUUCGAUAUUACUUAUCUUUGAAUAGUGGAUAGAUAAUGGAUGUUAUCAUAUUGUAUCUUAGAUCUUAUUUCAAUAUACUGAGUUAUCUCAAAAUGUAUCUUUACAUAUAGACUUUUUAGUGGG